AGACCAACCACUAAUCCUUGCGCUUACAGCCUGUGCUAACGAUAAGGCGAGAGAUUCAAUUUUUCUGUUGAUAACAAGCUUUUUCGCCUCGUUGUUGGCGCAAGCACGUGACGGCCACCAGCUACUGAACUAGCACAUUUGGCUUUGGAGAUCUAUAUUUGAAGAUUUACCAUGUCUUGGAGUGUGCGAGUCAAUGGAUCGAUUCCGGAGAAUGGACUAAAAAUAACAAAAGAUGGCUCUUUACCUUCUGCAUCGUAUUCUGCACGAAAUUCAUUUGCGGACAUGGCGAAGCCUUAUAUGAACCCUCGUGGACUUAGUUGGUUUGUCACAGGACUGUUUUUGGUCGGUGACUUGGCUGGUGGUGGAUUGGUGGCAUUGCCAACAGCUAUGAUCCAAUCAGAAUUUUAUCCUGGUUUGGGCAUUUCCGUCAUAAUGAUUGCCGCCGUUACAUACACUGCUUAUGUGCUCGGUCUUAGCUGGAAUAUCCUUUUGAAUACAUGGCCAGAAUAUCGGGAACAUUGCCGGAAACCAUAUCCAGAAAUCGCUAAAAGAGCUAUGGGAGAUGUAGUCAGGAAAAUCGUAUCUAUAUGCAUUGAUAUCACACAAUUCGGUAUUGCGGUCGUCUAUCUGUUGUUAUCAGCAAAGAAUAUACAUGAUAUGAUCAAGACUUUUUCCGAUACUGAGUUCAGCUACUGUUUUGUGGUAUUGAUCUUGGCUGUAUGUUUGCUGCCGCUGACAUUUUUGAAAUCACCUCAGGAUUUCUGGUGGGCUGUCGUGAUCGCUAUGAUCACCACUUCAUGUGCUGUAGUAUUAAUCCUCAUCGGAGCAUCGCUUGAUUACGGUCUCUGCUCUGGUUACACGGGAAUGCCUGAGUACAAGACGAAGAACUUCUUCCUUGCACUAGGAACUCUACUUUUUGCUUAUGGCGGUCAUCCAGCUUUUCCAACUAUCCAACAUGACAUGAAGAACCCAUCAGAGUUUACAAAAUCUGUUAUUUUGGCAUUUACAAUUAUGGGUGUUAUGUAUGCUCCUGUCUGCAUUAUGGGUUAUUUAACCUAUCACGAUGCUAUCAGAGAUUCCAUUAUUCCGUCUAUACAGACCACAUGGAUCCAGCAAGCAGUCAAUAUAUUGAUCACUCUUCACUGUCUCCUGACGUUAACAAUUGUCUUCAAUCCUCUUAAUCAGGAGAUAGAAGAUCUCUUCAACUGUCCUCAUCAUUUUGGCUGGCAGCGGGUUGUAAUUCGCACGGGCAUUAUGGUGGCAGUCGUGUUCGUGGCAGAAAGUAUUCCAAACUUCGGACCUUUACUAGAUCUCUUCGGCGGAUCUACACUUACGUUGACCUCUGUCAUAUUACCAUGUUUGUUCUAUCUUUAUCUAAAUGCUCGUCAAGAAAGGGAAAAGGAUCUGGGGAAGAAGGAUGAUACUCCUGCUACGCUGAAUGAAGUAUUCCGAUACAACUCAAGAAGAACCCUCAUCAUCUGCAUUGCGAUCAUGGGAUUUGGUUUGGUGGGAGGUUUUGCGGCUACAUUCUCAGCUAUUGUAGAGCUGACAUCAACGAAUUUCUUGUUACCCUGUUACGUCAGCCCAUUCGUGAACAAGAAACAUCCAAGUGAUAACGGCGCCAGCGUGUACUGUUGUGGACCCUACCAGAAUCUCACUCACAAUGGACUUACAUCUCAAUGUGUGGCAAUGCCAGACCACCCCUUCUACGGCUAGAAGAUAUUGAUAUCACUAUAUGGUGUGCAAAGCUUUAAGCACUUAAACAUGUAUUCUG